UUUUGAUAAAAUCUUUGCGUGAUCGAUAUCGAUCGCGUUGAAGUUGUCCACGUCGUCAAGUCAAGAACAGCAGAAGGAUUUUUGUCUGAGCCCUGUGUCUAAGUUCUCAAAAAUGAAGGCCUUAAUUCUUGUAGGAGGGUAUGGUACGAGGCUGCGGCCGCUGACUCUUAGUCGACCAAAGCCACUUGUAGAGUUCUGCAAUAAGCCAAUGUUACUGCAUCAGGUGGAAGCAUUAGCAGAGGUUGGUGUAAAGGAAGUUGUCUUAGCAGUCAGCUACAGGGCAGAGAUGUUGGAGAAAGAGCUCAAAGCACAAGAAGAAAGACUUGGAAUAAAAAUUACCAUGUCGCAUGAGAAAGAGCCCCUUGGAACAGCUGGUCCUUUGGCUUUGGCAAGAGAUAUAUUGAAAGAAGACAAUGAACCGUUCUUUGUGUUGAACAGUGACAUCAGCUGUGAGUUUCCUUUCCGUCAGCUCAUUGAUUUCCACAAAGGUCAUGGCAAGGAGGGAACUAUUGUGGUCACCAAAGUCGAGGAACCUUCGAAAUAUGGUGUAGUAGUUUACAACAGCACCGAUGGACAGAUCGAGCGAUUCGUAGAAAAACCUCAAGUAUUCGUCUCAAAUAAGAUCAAUGCCGGUCUCUACAUGUUCAAUGCUGGUAUACUAGAUAGAAUACAGUUGACACCGACAUCAAUAGAAAAAGAAGUCUUCCCAUAUAUGGCCACUGAUGGGCAACUUUAUGCAAUGGAACUUCCAGGAUUCUGGAUGGAUGUUGGUCAGCCCAAAGACUUCCUGAUUGGCAUGUGCCUUUAUCUCACUUCAGUGAGGCAAAAGAAUCCCGAAAGGUUAUACUCUGGUCCUGGUGUGGUUGGAAAUGUUCUUGUGGACCCCUCUGCAGCGAUUGGUCAGAACUGCAGAAUAGGACCCAAUGUAGUUAUAGGCCCCGGUGUAACGGUGGAAGAUGGGGCAUGCAUCAAACGAAGUACAAUCCUCAGAGACACGACCAUCAAGUCCCAUUCAUGGAUUCAUUCAUCAAUCGUAGGAUGGAAGUGCCAAAUAGGACAAUGGGUUCGUAUGGAGAAUGUAUCAGUGCUGGGGGAAGAUGUAAUGGUCAAAGAUGAGCUCUAUAUCAACGGAGGACGUAUACUACCUCAUAAAUCCAUAGGAGCAUCAGUAUCGGAUCCUCAGAUCAUCAUGUAAUCUAUUCCAUCAUGUGCAACAUUCAUGCAAAUUUUGAAUAUAAGCAUCAGCAGAAUACAGAAAAAUAAAAUCCAGUAUGAAUGAGGUAAUAUUAAUAGCCCAUACUUUCAAAAGAGGUUUUGAUAGUACGAUGGUACAGAUCCAUGGACUUUGCAGGUUCUUUGUACAUAAUUACGCUUAUCAAACAGUCCAAAUAUUAAAUGUGCACUUUUGGCAGUGGUGCUACAUUCAUGUUUGAAUGAAGCACGAGAAUACAAGAAAUCUGGAUGAUAAAUGUUUUUUUAAACCUCUUUUGAGACUGGGUUAAUGUUUUUAUAUGUACAUGUUCAUUACAUUAAAGAAAUAAUGGAAUGGGACCAAAGCAUGAUUUAAAAGCUCAUCUUUUAAAUCUCUAGACAAAUUUAUGAGUAUAAUAUUUAUAUUAGUUCACUUGGAAUUGAAUAUUGCUGUUAAUGAAUCACCUAUCAGGAAUACUACAGUGUUGGCUUGAAUUUCAUUACUUCAGGGCUCUGUUUAAAAAAAAAGAUGUAUGAUGCGAUGACGAUAACUCUUACUUUGAUGGCAACUAUAUCAUAGCGUUAUUGCUCAAGAGAUAUCAUGCAGUGGGGUCUGGAGCUCCAUAUACAUUAAAAGGUUGUUGAAAUAUAAAAAGAAAAACACUGUUAAAGUAUAGUUGUUGUUUUUUAAUCUAAAUUGGAUUUUUGAGAAAAAUAUCUUUCCUCAAUCCUCACUUUGUAUCCAUAGUACUUAAAAGGAGCUUUGCAUUCUGAUAUUCACAGUCCUGCCAAUUUGACUACGCAUUUUCAAAUGGUCUUUGUUUUCUUUUUGAGAAAUAUUGUGCUUUAAUAGUGCAAAUCAUUUUGCCAAAUAUUCAACUUGAAGUGUUGGCAUCAUGAUGGAGGGAAAUAAACUGUAUAAUACAAGGUAUUGGGGGUAAUAUUGUUUAUUCUGACCUAUGUUCUGAAGUGCCAUGUUGUUAUUAUACAUGUAAUAUGUAUUCAUGAUACAUGGGAAGCUCUGUGAUGAUAUGAUUUAUCAGUUUAAGGCAAUCUUGUGUUAUAAGGAUUAUUAUCCGUUAGGAUCGAUAAACAACGAAUAUGUAGAAUAAUGAUGAAUGUGCCUUAUGUAUCAUUGUUCUUUUUUUCACAUUGCAGUUAAGUUGUUUUAUUUUAAUACUUUUGAAAAAUACUUUGAAAAAUAUUAUGAUUUGCACAUUGCGUGGUAUAUCAUAUUUUAAUAACCACCCAUUAGUCUGAACUCGUGUUCAAACACCAUGAUCUAUUAAAGUCUGUGCUAAAAUAAUAUGGUUUGCCAAAAGUAUCAGAAAUUUUUUCAAAUUUCUGUUUACUGUGCUAUUGUUUUCAUCCCUUUAUGGUCAAAAUUAUUGCAGUUGUGAUUUCCAGACAAGGGUGUUUCAUCAAAGUUGUCAACACUGACUAAAUGGUCAGUGCUGACAAUUUCAGUGAAAUCCUUGGUUUUGAUUGGCUAAGAAGCACUGGCCUCUGACUGUUGCUAUGGUAACUGUUGGAGAAAGACAACUUGUCAGUGCUGACAACUUUCAAGAAACAGACUCCAGUAUACAGGAAACAUGAACAAAGGCUGAUGUGCAAGCCUUACACAAAUUUCAAUUUGCAUGGCCAAAAAGUAUGGAUUGUAAAGCUAGUGAACUUUUAUCACCUUUGACGUAUAAUAUGUUGACUCUUAGAAAAUGUGGUAUAUGCCAACUAGCUGUGGUAUGUACUUGAAUGAUUAUACUAACUUGUCUUUCCUAUGUAUUAAGAUAUACAUUUGUUUAUAUUGAAAAAUGAAUGAAUUUGAUUUCAUUAGGAGUUCAAUUCAAAUGUUCAAGAAUUGAAUUAAACUAUGUGUUGAACAUGAUAUUGUUCAGCUUCACGAUGUAAACAUAUUUUGUGUUCAUAUAAAAUGAAGCCAAGAAUACGAUAGACUAUAGUUUGGAUUACAUGUACAUGUAGUUCUUAAUGAAUAGCAAAAAAAAUUCCAGUUCUGUGUUGGUUGCAUUUCACUGUUGUGUUCACUGUGAAUGUGAACUACCCAUACAGUACAUCAUGUGCUCACAUAUUUCUGAAUAUUAUAGUUUGACGUCUUGUUUUCAACAUUCGCUUCUUUUGUGAUCUGCUCCAGUUCACUCAGAGAACCAACAUUUUUAAUUUGUGUAAUGAUAUCCAUUCAGUGGUGCCAUAAAAAAAAUGAUUGUAAUUCAGCAGCCUUUGUACUGCAUAAAACAAAAUUUUAUAUUUAAUAUUGCUGAACGUACACCGUGGCUGAUGAAAAUGUUAAUAGAAAAUAAUAGAAUUUUAGAGAGUAUAAUAUGUAAAUUUAUGAAAAAUGUAGUUGUCUAGAAAUAUUGUAUAAUUGAUUUAUAUAUUAAUGCUGCUUUGAGAAUCUUCAGCAGUUGUUUACAGUAUAUCAAAAAAUAUUAAGGAUUAUUUUUCUAACAGUCAAUCGAUAUACAAUUUUUUCUUGUUGGUACAUGUAGGUAGAUAUGUAACGAUAAUCAAAGCUGUGCUCAGACAAAGACUUCAAUGGCAUUCCACAUUUUUGUUGUCAUGUUCGUUAUCUUUAAAAAUAGAAUGAAAAAACAAAAUCUGCCUUACAUUUUUUAGAUUUUGGAUGACAUGUUUCAUUUUGACAUUUUACUUAUUUUUUGAUAAUUUUUUUUAUUGAGUGUUAUUCUACAUACAUUUCUUUUCUAACACACAUACACAUGGCUUUGAUAAGUCUUAAAUGACCGGGCAUUGCUUUUAUAGAUUUUUAAAGAAUCUGCUGAAAAUAAUUUGUAUUAAUGAAGUAUGAUAACAGAUGGAUGUACAUGUAUAAUAAAUAAGUAAUUCAUACAAUUAUACAAUUGAGCAGUUUCAGCAUGAAUAAAAAUAUUUGAUCAUUAUAUAUGCAUGUACAUGUAUUCAAACAUUAAUAGUCAAAUCUUAGUUAACCAAUCUACUUUUCUAUUUUAGAUGGAUUGUCUCCAAUAUAUUUAUUUCUAAAAUAUUUCAUUGUGUUUUCAUAUUGCUAUUUUGUUAUUUUUUUGCCUGUGUGUUCUAGAUUCUUUUAGAACUUAGUUUUUAUUAACAUUAAUGAAAGAAUAAAUCUAUGUACCAGCAAUAUUAGGAUGAAAUUGUGUUGAACAGGGUUACUUUUAUUAGUUUUGACUAUGCUCUAGCAGGGAUCGACUUUAGCAAUCGAUUUACCAAUUUAGGAAAGAUUCACGUUCUAAUUUUCCUGUCUAUAUGACCAGAAGCUAAUACCUAACUUGACCAAAUCUAUAUUUAUUUAAAAAUAAUCAAGCAGCUCAGGCAAGAUCACUACAUGUCUUCAAAUUUCAAGAUUAUAUUGAAAAUCUAAAUCUUUGAGAAAUGUCAAAAGAUACAAAAUUACUGUUAUCAUACUUUGUGUUUUCCCAAACUCUAAAUUUGUUUAGACUAUAGACAUUAUUAUUAUGGUCCAAAUCUAUUUCUGUAGUGAUAUUGAUAAACUUUGGAAUAUCGACCUGUUAUGUUGUAGUUGAUCAUGUAUUGAAUAAAUCAUGUAUAUUGACUUGGUUUUAUAAAUCAUUA